UCGGAAAAGAAAAAAAAAAACAAACAACAAAAGAUUCAGAUCACAAUACAAUGGCUAGCAAGAACAAUAUUGUGAUCGUCUUCGAUUUCGACAAGACAAUCAUCGAUGUAGACAGCGAUAACUGGGUGGUCGAUGAACUUGGUUUCACUGAUUUGUUCAACCAGCUUCUUCCUACGAUGCCUUGGAACUCUCUCAUGAACCGUAUGAUGAAGGAGCUUCAUGAGCAUGGCAAAACCAUUGAAGAAAUCAAACACGUCCUUAGGAGGAUCCCUAUUCAUCCUCGUGUAAUCCCUGCCAUCAAAGCAGCUCAUGCUUUAGGGUGCGAGCUGAGGAUAGUGAGCGAUGCUAACACGUUAUUCAUCGAAACGAUCAUCGAACAUCUCGGGAUUAGAGAGUUUUUCUCAGAGGUCAACACGAAUCCAGGACUUGUAGAUGAUCAAUGUAGAUUGAUCAUCUCUCCUUACCAUGACUUCACCAAAUCUCCCCAUGGUUGCACUCGUUGCCCUCCUAACAUGUGCAAGGGUUUGAUAAUCGAGAGGAUUCAAGCUUCUCUAACCAAAGAAGGGAAGAAGACGAAGAUGAUCUAUCUUGGAGAUGGUGCAGGUGAUUACUGUCCCAGUCUUGGACUCAAAUCUAUGGAUUACAUGAUGCCAAGGAAAGAUUUUCCGGUUUGGGAUUUGAUUAGUCAAAAUCCCAUGUUGGUUAAGGCUACGGUUAGAGAUUGGACCGACGGAGAAGCUAUGGAGAAGAUACUAAUGGAGAUAAUCAACGAGAUUAUAUCACUAGACGAAGAAGAAGAAGAGAAGGAGAAGAUGUUGAGCUCUGAUAUUCGUAAGAUAUCUGUUGGGAUUGUUCAUGAACCUAUGGUGCCUCUUGCCUUUCAAGUUCCUCUAAAUUUGGUUAAAUGACUGAUGCAAAGAACAAAAAGAAUUGAAGAUUCUUUAUUCUUCUUCGAAUAUAUUAUUACAUAUUCUUUAUGCAAUCGAGAAAAAAAUAUAUAUAAGAGGUGAAAUGGUUCAUGCAUGCAUGUAUGUAGGCUGAAAUAUUUUGGACUCUGAUUGUAAGAGUUUUCUUUUGGAAGCCUAAAAGGGCCUUUACUUCCGAAAGCUUUGUCCUUUGUGUUUAACUUGUGUUUUCAAUGGUGGAAUACUGUAUAUCUCAACG